CAUACAACUAGUCAACGCAUAAAGUGGGAUCCAGUCCUAAUAAGCACAUAUGAUGUGGGGUAGAUGGGGACCCUAUACAGAGAUGUCUAGCAAUGGGGCAGGGGAAUGAAAGUCAGGGCUUUUCGCACAAGAGGGGAAACCUCGGGAGGGUGGUCAUGGGCUAUUGCGAACAGGCAAGGCUCGAUCCGGUAGUCAUCAUCUGCAGCAGGGAUAUCGGGGGUGAUACCUGACCGACAGAUGUGGGAUGCCGUAUGGGGACUGGAUUCAAUGGAAAAUCUGGGUUGGGAAAGAUUGGGAAUUAUGGUCGGGCUACUAUCUUUGUGAGACAGGGGCAGAGGCACCUUACUAGAACAUUCAGGGAUGUCAGAAGGGAUGGAUGUGGGACCUCUCAGCUGAGGAAUGGCAAAUGGAGUAGGGGCUAGUAACAUGGGUAUACCGUCAUCAGUUAGGGGCCCUGCAGGGUCGGGGAAACUGCAGGCUGUCAGUUGAGGAUGGUCGGUAGGGCUGGCUGUCAUGUGAAGGUCAGUGUCAAAGGAUUCAUGGGCUCUCGAAGCAGGCGGAUCGUCAUCAUGGGCACCACGGGUUACUGUCUCUGAGGAACCAUGAUCAUGGGCACCACGGGCUACUGUCACUGAGGAACCAUGAUCGUGGGCACCAUGGGCUAUUGACGGAGGGUCGUGGCCAUCGGCACAACAGGCUACCUUCAUUGGAGCGGAAACCAAGUUGACAUGAUUCGACAUCUAGCUGAGCCAUAGACUGUAUCGCCGGUUGCUGUCAUUGGGAUGACUUCUGCAGAAUCUGGUGGGUCGCGACGAGCGUGGACAUUUGUCAUCUCGAUGGUGUGAACAGUGGCCGGAGUAAGAUAACUUACGCUAUCAGUGAGCGGUUGGUCAUGUGACUGAAAGUAUUGUGAAAGGAUUGUGACGUGUCAUGUAUGUGAUGUGUAAUGUGUGAAUGACCAGGUGGGUGUGGAGAUGUUGAGAUGUUAUUAGACUCGAACUCAACCACAAAAUCAUCACCGAGCGAAACGAACGAGCACUGUUUGUUGAGUGGAUCCGAAUCGGUUAAGUUUGACUAAUCAGCUACCAGAUCAUGCAAGCACGGUGAAACAAUUGAAUCGGGCAAGCAUGACUUAUCAUCCAACGAAUCGGGCGAGCGCAGUGAAACGUUGGAAUCGGACUUGCGCAGCGAAACCUCGAUAGAAUCGGGCUUGCACAACGAGCUGGCCGAAACGGGCAAGAGCAAAUCCUCAAGCUCAGGCAACUGCACUUCUUCGACGGUCAAACCAGAACCUGACAGAAGAGACUGAGCCAUCGAUAAAGGCAAACGAAACUUGUCGGAUGUACCAGGCACAAUAUCGGAUGUAGGCUUAUGCUCAACAACAUCAUGCACCAGGGGAGUAAUGUCAGCAACUUCACUGAGAUUCCUUUUCUGUCGGUUUUGACUACCCCCACUUGACACAAGUGGCGGAACAUUCAGACUCGGAGGACUGGACAUUCGUAGACACAACACUCAGAUUUGGCUAACUCUCAUCGAUCGGAGUAGCCACCAAGAUCUUACUCACUAUUCCCUGAGACUAUAGCAAUGGGCGCUGGCCUAGACACCACAUGCAUGGGAUCGACAUCACCACCAAUCUCAUCACGAGUAGAAUGAUCUAGAUCUACACGAGUAUCCUCCCACACCAAAGAUUUUUCAAUCAUGACACCGCUUGAGUUACUGGGAUAAUGAUAGAUGAAAAAAGAAUCAUCACUGAAUGUGAUCAGAUGCAUAGCUGGUCUAACAGAGAUGUAAUUUGCCUCCAUAAAUGGGGCACCAGCAAUAAUUCCAGCAUUUGUCAUGUCAUCCCAAACAACCAAACCAUCAAAUUGUAAUUCUAGGUCAUUACGGAAGAGUGAGAAAUAAGUCAGGCCAAUUUUACUUUAUUUUUACAUAUUUAGGUAUUAUUUCAAUAUAAUCAUCUUCUAUCAUCAUCUCAUCAAUCACUAUCUCCAAUCCCAAUGUCGCCAUCGAUUCGCUUAUUAAAUUCACCUCACACGCACUGCACUCCUUAUCUCUAGGCCUACGUCUAUUUCUUUCUCUUCAUAGUUAUAGUCAUAACCACCAAAAGCAUGGAAAUAUGGGGAUGUAACUGUGUUCCAAGGAUUGGAGCACUGCUCCAUUUUACUGUUAACCGCCACGCUCUCUCGCGAGGCGGUGUCCUUGGCCGCGGACACGCAAAUAUGAUGUAUAUUUCGAGCAACUUUUCAUACCGUACAUGAAUAUACGUUGAAGGGACUACACACACUCAAAAUGCAAAAGAACUCACACCUAUCACUGUAAGGCUAUAUAACGGAGCGCCUGGUCCCUUGUAUAGAGUAAGAAUUAUCGGACUGUUGAUAGGAACACCUAAGGGCCUUAGGUGAUCUAGCUGCCACCACGCCAGUCUUAUUUAUUUAAAAAAUAAUUUACCAGACGGAGUUAUAUAUAUGAGUGGGAGUGUGUGGUUUAUUUACUACACAGCCGAGAGGCCGGAUAAACGGAUAUUCGCGCGCUGUUCAUGUAGCGACAGUGCACAUCAACAUUCACAAUCAACACAUUGGCGUUUGGUCAAUCAUUAAAUUUGACAAUCGUUAUUUUUGUUCUUUUCUUUCAUACUAAGCAUUUGUGUCUGCACAGCACUCCUAAAUCUGAUAUAUACAAGAAUCAUUAUAUCAGAUAGACUUUCGUUUCAAACAACCGAAAACGAAGAAAAUUAAAAAAAAAUUGUAAAAAAAAUAAUUUGUGCACAUUAAAAAUCAUCAAAAUACUCCUCUUCAAAAGAGUAUUCAAAACGAACAAAACGGGAAUUCGAUUUUUCCUUACAUUUAUUUUUUUCUGUCUACAUAUAGGCAUAUAGAACUCUCCUCAUUCCAAUUCUCAAUGAUUGUGAAUUCAGUAUCUCCCGGUUGCUUUAAAAACAGUUCAUACUUAGGCCCUAAUAUGUUGACUUAGUGCAAAUUAUCAGGACACUUUAGGUCCGAGUAUUUAUCAGGGAACAAAUAGAAAGCAAAAAAAUUUGUUCAUAUAAGCCACUGACCUUAGUUUGAGUAGUCAACAUCAUCGCAUCAAGCAUGGAACAACUUUUCUGUUGGGCGAUCAUGAUCACCAUGGUGUCAUUGGCGUAUGCUGCUGACACCGUCAAUGAUGACGAGCAACCCAUUGUGCGCACGUCGACGGCUACCUUUCAUGGCAAGGAAAUCAGUGUCCAGCCCUAUCUCCUACCCGAUUUCCACGGGAGAGCAGUGGCGUACACGAGUAUCCCUUAUGCUGAACCUCCACUGGGCGACUUACGGUUUCGACGUCCAUUUCCUAAGGUCAUCGAAGGUAACUUCGACGCAACGAGAAAGUCUGUGGCAUGUCUCCAGCCUAUUCAGCCACAUUUUAAGAUUAACAUGGAUAUGUCAGAAGAUUGCCUUACUCUAGACGUGUUUGUUCCUGAGCCACAGCCGUUGUCUGCUGCUGUUAUGGUGUGGAUACAUGGAGGGGGCUAUAUGGUUGGAGCAGGUUCCGUCCCAGAAGCAUUACCCGUUCCAUUGACCGUCAUGAAUGACGUCAUAGUGGUUACAAUCAACUAUCGUCUCAAUAUAUUUGGCUUCAUCACUCUUGGAGAAGAAGACGUGAGUGAUGCUAAUGUUGGAUUGUUGGAUCAGCAUCAGGCCUUGAUCUGGAUUCAAGAAAAUAUUGCAGCAUUUGGUGGAGAUCCGACGAGAGUGACAAUCUUCGGAGAAAGCGCUGGUGGGAUGAGUGCAGGUUUUCACGUCCUAUCACCAAUGAGCAAAGGUCUCUUUUCAAGAGCUAUCUUUCAGAGCGGAACCGUGACGUCACAAUGGUCUUAUGGAACGCUGACUGAAGGCGAAGAAACUGCAUUUGUAUAUGGCCGUGCCCUGAAUUGUAGUCAGGAUACUCACCGGGAACUUGUUAAUUGUCUACGUGAGAUACCAUCUGAGGAUAUAUUGUCAUAUCAGUCUUCGGAUCCACCUGAGGCAUAUACCCACGCCAUUCGUCCUUUUAUUGAUGGAACGUUCAUACCACGUGACCCAAGAGAGAUGUACGCUGCAGGAGAGGUGAACCAAGUCACCGUCAUGACUGGAUGUCUAUCAGAAGAAGGAAACAUGUUUCUUAUAUCUCCUGAUAUGGAACUAGAAGGAUCUGAACGACCUGUCCUCAAUAAGACUACAUAUGAUAUUCUCCUCACUAUCUUUAUCAGGAACGUAGAUGAUCUGGUCAAAGACACAGCUUCUCUGGUCUAUAUGACUCCUCAAGAGAUUAUGGAAUCUAGACCGGAAUACACGGACAUUUUUGUCGACUUCAUGGGCGAUUUCUUCUUUCUUUGUCCGAGUUUUGAGACAGCUGAACACCUCUCUGCAGCUGGUCUUACGACUUACAAGUACAUAAUGUCACACCGUCCUUCUAUCUCAAUAUGGGGGAAGGGUAUUGGCUGGCUAGGAGCAACUCAUGGUGAAGACAUCCCAUAUACAUUAGGGACCCCUUUCAUGGUAGACGCCCUCACUUUCAACCAGAGUUUUGUUCUUUCUGGUUUCUUUAACGAAGAGGAAGUGGAAUUUGCCUCGCAGGUUAUGAGGUACUGGUCCAACUUCGCAAAGACAGGAAGUCCGAACCUUCCCUCAGAUGAAGAAGAUGGUGAACCAGAAACUAAAUACCCCUUAUGGGAAACAUAUUCUAAGAACACUAAAUCAUACAAAGAUCUUAAUCUGAGCCUUGAGAAUCGUAAAGGAUAUCCCAAUCAUCAACGAUGUAUGUUCCAGAAUGAUCUUCUGCCGAAGCUACAAGCAAAUGCUGGUGAAAUGGCCCGACUGAAAUCCAUCUUAGCAGAAAGGGUGGCCGCUGACACUGAGAAGACAUGUGAAAAUCACGAUUCAUGCCCCCACGAGUAGACAUGGUAGAGAUUGGAGUAUAGUAGAGAAAAGAAGAAUCUCCUUUCUUUUUCUACGUUUUCUUUAUGUAGACUGCCAGAUAAUACUUUUAAUAACUCCAGGUUGAAAAUGAUAUGAUUUUGCCAGACAAAGCAAACUUAGACAAACAAAACACUGAAAAUUUGAUCAAAAACGGACAAGAAAUAACGAGGUUAUUUGCAUUAUUUUGGUAAAACAGUAUGCAUGUCUUCAUGAAUAUUCAAAAAGCAAAUUGAUGAUGUCAUAUCCCCAUUUGUUCUUUUGCAUUUUAUUAUAUGAAAUCGUAUUAGUCAGUGGCGUAUAGAUGGGGGAACGCUUGCCACCAAAUUUUGCAUGACC